AUGCAAGAGGUGCUCCUUGACCAAGAACCACGAGACACUCCGUCGCCGCUCGCGCCUCUUGCUCAGAAAUUAUCUACCAAACCACUGGCCGUCCAUUGGACGCGGCCCGGAGAUGAUAUUCUGGACUUCAAAAAGGAGGAGAUUGAGUUAUGCGAGAACGACCAGGCUCUCUAUCAAUGGGCAACAAACGAGCUCUUUGGAAGUCUGUCCACAGCAGUCGACGCCGCUUCUGGGCAAAUCGUGACUACCAACGCUUCGUUACCCGAAAAACUUCCUUCCUUUGCGUAUCCUCAGCUUCUCUCCCUCGUCAUGCAAGCUUUCAGAACCAAGUACCGCAACCCACAUACCGCACUCGCCCUUUUUGAACACGCUCGAAACGCAUCCGCCACGUCCUACGUUACGUUUUGCGGUACAGCGGCAUAUAAUGAGCUCAUAGAGAUCAAGUGGGAAUGCUUCAAAGACUUGUUGGGGGUGUGUGAGUCGUUGGAGGAGAUGAGGCUAAAUAAAGUCCGUCUGGAUACAAAGACGACUCGCAUUGCGGAUAAUGUACGAAGAGAGGUUGGGGAUCAUACUUUCUGGCGCGAGGAAGGCUUUAGUGAGUCGCAUGCCAGCGUUGCAAAAAUCAUCGAGAGGAUUGAAGCUGCCUGCUGGCCACCGAGCACGUCGAGUGAACAGAGCAAGCGCCCUCUCAAAUCCCAUGCAAAGCGGAAAUGGAGUCCCGACACCGAUGCAUGGAAGGGUGCAACUAACAAAGAUCAAGACCGUCUUGAUUUUGUCUAA